CGCGGGUCACACGGCAGCCGGCAAAGUUAUUAGAAAAAAGAAAUUUGCUGGAAAAAUGAAGCGCAGGAGCCAAACCCGAGCCCAAACAGCCAAGGACAGUAGUAAUAAGUCGAAGGAAAAGGCCGGCGCUCUGACGUUAGACCAAUUCAGCUCCGACGUCAUAUGGCAGGUUGCAUCGCAGUACUGGUCGCCGGACACAAAGGCUGAGCAUUUGCCUUACAGCGCGAAAGUCAUUGAACGCAUCUACAAUGAGGAAAUCGGAGGCACCCACAGAGCGAGACGCAUCAACAUGCUUGAGUUCAGCCAGUAUUUGGAGCAGUAUCUGUGGCCAAAUUACAAACGAGAGUCAGCGACACAUGCCCACCUCAUGUCCAUUGUGAUCAUGGCCAACGAGAAGUUUCGUGAACGCGUUCAAGUGUGGAAUGUGUUCGAGGAGAAACCAGAACAGUAUCCAGACUUUUUCCGCCACGUUCUGGAGUCGUGUCUGCCGGAUAAAGGGGCGAAGGAAGCCAGAAGCACGUUGCGUGAACGCACGGCCCUACUGAUGUUCCUCAAUCAUUGCUUCAACAGUAUGGAGAUCGAGAUUUGUCGUGAGCAGGCCAAGCGUCUCGUAUCCCUCUCCAUGUGGCAUUGCCUGCAGCCCCGCCGUCGAGAGCAGGAGCUGCGUGAGGUGCCCAAGUGGCGGAAAUACUGGAAACGCCUGCUCAAAAAAGACAAGGAACCCAAGGCGGAAGUCCUGUGGGAGCGGUACUUUAUGCAGAACCUCAUCAUCGACUUCCUUGACAUACUCGAGAGCAUUCCCGCCGAGGGGGAGAUCAAACCCGGUCUGGUGCACUACUGCGAGCGCUUUCUCGAGUUCAUCAUUGAUCUGGAGGCCCUUCUGCCCACGCGGCGCUUCUUCAACACCGUCCUAGAUGACUGUCAUCUUAUUGUGAGGGCUCUGCUGUCGCCGCUCGUGCGUCGCGAGGAGGGAAAGCUGUUUGGGCAGCUCCUCGACAUGUUAAAGUUCUACACCCGCUUCGAGAUCAAUGAUGUGACGGGGAACUCCCUCACCGAUCACGACAUGACCCAGCUGCACUACAAGAAGAUCACUUCCCUGCAGCGGGCAGUGUUCGCCAAGUUUCCCAGUCUGCGCGUGUUCGCCCUAUCCAAUGUAGCCACCGUGGAUAAUCGGGAGUCGCUGGAGCAGCACUUUGGGGGAUUGGAUGGGGAGGGGCUGAAGCAGAUCGCCACGUUUCUGAACCUAGUGCCAGAGGAGGUGGCCGCACCGUUCGAGUGGCACCGCCUCGAUGAGGCCUUCCUGCGGGAGCUGCUGAUCACGCGACACGAGAAGCGCUGCUCCCAGCUGGAGGCCCUCAACGAGAUGCCGUUGUACCCCACGGAGCAAGUGGUCUGGGAUGAGAAUGUGGUGCCCUCGGAGUACUACACAGGCGACAGCUGCCUAGCCCUGCCCAAGCUCAAUCUGCAGUUCCUCACGCUCCACGACUACCUCCUGCGCAACUUCAAUCUCUUCCGCCUGGAGUCCACCUACGAGAUCCGGCAGGACAUCGAGGAUGCCGUCAGCCGCAUGCUGCCCUGGCAGUCGGAGGACGGUGACGUCGUCUUCGGGGGAUGGGCACGCAUGGCCCUACCCAUCGCCAGCUUCGCUGUCGUGGAGGUGGCCAAGCCGCAUAUCGGGGAGAAGAAGCCCUCGCGAGUGCGAGCGGACGUGGGCGUGACCCUUUCCGUGCGUCGCGAGAUCAAGACCGAGUGGGAGAACCUGCGCAAGCACGACGUUUGUUUCCUAAUCACCGUGAAACCCACACAGCCUUAUGGCACCAAAUACAAUCCCCGUGAGCCCUUCAUCCCACAGGUGGGGCUUGUAAGUGUGCGGGGCUGCGAGGUUGAAGGUAUGCUGGAUGCCAAUGGUCGUGUUGUCGAAGAUGGGCCCGAGCCGCGACCCCAGCUGCCGGGAGAGCAGCGCUGUUAUCGUGUGUGGCUAGACUCGAAUCAGUAUCGCCUGGACAUGGACGAUCUGCAGGAUGGUGGCGAUGAUGUCUACGAGAGCUUCAACAUCCUUAUGCGUCGCAAACCCAAGGAGAACAACUUCAAGGCAGUCCUGGAGACCAUUCGCCAUCUGAUGAACACAGAAUGCGUGGUGCCGCCCUGGCUGCACGACAUACUCCUCGGAUAUGGCGAUCCGGGGGCUGCCCACUACAGCAACAUGCCCAAUCAGGAGCGCAGUUUGGAGUUUAACGACACCUUCUUGGACUACGAACACCUGAAGGGGAGUUUCCCCAGCUACGAGCUCAAGUGCGAGCUCCCAGAGAAGAGCCGACUGCCACCCUAUCGUCUGAUCUUUGAGGAUGUGCCCGUGCAAAAGGAUAGUGAUGGAGAGGAGAAAGAGAAGAAUGAACAGGAGCUGGAGGCGGCUGUAAGCAAAUCGAUUGUAGUGCAGCCCUAUAAAUACGAGGCCAGGGGACCUUAUCCCAGCGACAAGCCCAAACAAAACACCAUUCGCUUUACGCCCACACAGAUCGAGGCUAUUCGCGCUGGCAUGCAGCCGGGUCUGACACUGGUGGUGGGUCCCCCCGGCACAGGAAAGACCGAUGUGGCCGUCCAGAUCAUCUCCAACAUCUACCACAAUCAGCCCAACCAGCGGACCCUGAUUGUCACGCACUCCAAUCAGGCGCUGAAUCAGUUGUUCGAAAAGAUCAUGGCGCUGGACAUUGAUGAGCGACAUCUGCUGCGUCUGGGUCAUGGCGAGGAGGCCCUGGAGACGGAGAAGGACUACAGCCGUUAUGGGCGCGUGAACUAUGUGCUGGCCAAGCGCAUGGAUCUGCUGAACCAGGUGCAGCGUCUCCAGGAGGCCCUCGGCGUGAGCGGUGACAAUGCCUACACGUGCGAGACAGCUGGAUACUUUUAUCUGUACAAUGUGAUGGCACGCUGGGAGAAGUUUCAGGACCAGAUCAGAAUUCACCAGGAGGAGGCGGACUUGGACAAGCUGAGGGCUUUGUUCGAGAAGGAUUUCCCUUUUGGCAAGUUCUUUGCGGAUGCCCCACAGCCACUCUUCAAGGGAUCCACAUACGAGGACCUCCUGGCCACAGCCGAGUCAAACUUCCGCUACAUUUCUGACAUAUUCACAGAGCUGGAGGAGUUUCGCGCCUUUGAGCUGCUGCGCACGGGCUUGGACCGCUCCAAGUACCUGCUCGUGAAGGAGGCCAAGAUCAUUGCCAUGACCUGUACCCAUGCGGCGCUCAAGCGCAAGGAACUGGUCAAUCUGGGCUUCCGCUAUGACAACAUCCUGAUGGAGGAGUCAGCGCAGAUCCUGGAGAUCGAGACGUUCAUUCCCCUGCUGCUGCAGAAUCCCCUGGAUGGCCUGAAUCGCCUUAAGCGCUGGAUCAUGAUUGGCGACCAUCACCAGCUCCCGCCUGUGAUCAAGAACAUGGCCUUCCAGAAGUACUCCAACAUGGAGCAGAGCCUCUUCACCCGCCUGGUGCGCCUCGGCGUUCCCACCGUCGAUCUGGAUGGACAGGGACGUGCGCGGGCCAGCAUCUGUUCGCUGUACAAGUGGCGCUACAAGAAGCUAGAGGAUCUGCAGCACAUCUUUGAGCGGGACGAGUACAAGCAGGCAAAUCCAGGGUUCGCCCACGACUAUCAGCUGAUCAAUGUGGAGGAUUUCAAGGGCGUCGGCGAGAGCGAACCCAAUCCCUAUUUUUAUCAGAAUCUGGCAGAGGCGGAGUACGUCGUGGCGGUGUAUAUGUACAUGCGUCUGCUUGGCUAUCCUGCAGAAAAGGUCUCCAUUCUGACCACCUACAACGGCCAGAAGCAUCUCAUACGCGACGUGAUCGGCGCCAGAUGUGGCAAUAAUCCACUCAUUGGCUGGCCGCACAAGAUCACGACCGUGGACAAGUACCAGGGCCAGCAGAACGACUACAUCCUGAUUUCGCUGGUCCGCACCAAGGCGGUGGGACAUUUGCGCGAUGUGCGGCGUUUGGUGGUGGCUAUGAGUCGAGCGCGCCUCGGCCUCUAUGUCUUUGGUCGAGUGUCGCUGUUUAAGAACUGCUUAGAACUGCAGAACACCUUCAAGCUGCUGACACAGCGAUCUUUGAAGUUGGUACUGGUUCCCGGCGAUAGCUACCCCACGGAACGAUUGUCCACGGAUACAGUGCCCGCCAAGUCCCUCAAAUCCGUGGAAAACAUGUCUGAGAUGGCGCAGUACGUGUACGAGCAGUAUAUGGCCAAAAUGGAAGAUCUAAAGGACACUCUGCCCUCAGAGGAGGAGUUGCGGGCCAUGCGUAAUAAAUUGCCUCACGAAGAUGAUGAUGAUGACGAGGGAGCUGCUGUCCCAGAGGAAGUCGCUGAGGAGCCCCCCCAAAAGCGGGCGGCCAAGGAAGCACCCGCUGGAAAGAAGGCACCAGAGGUCUUCAAGCCCACGCCCAUACUCAACGAGAUCGCUAUGGAUGAGCCAGAGCCAGAGCCAGAGAAGAGCCAGGAUCAACCACAGCAGGAGGUUCAGGAAGAAGCCUUCGAUAAGGCUCGCCAGGAAUCAUCGGAAAAGGUGCCUGAGGCAGAGUUCUAGGCAGAUCUGCUUAGUUGCUUCAAUAAUAUAAUUUCAAUAAUUUCCAACAAUGUUUAAGCACAAAUGCAAGAACCCACACACACACAUUAA